AUGCCUCCUAAAAAGAAUAAAUCAUCAGGCAGUCGUAGUCAACGUAAAAGUUCACGAAAAUUAAGUAGUACUAAUAAAAAGUCAAACAAUCCAUUAAUUUUAAAUAAUGAUUUACUACAAAGUAUCGAUGAAUUAGAUGAUGCAACACUUCAAUCAUUUGGUCAGGAUUAUUAUCUAUUUGUAAUUAAACAAUUAGAAAUGCAAGUAAAUGCAUAUGAAGAUUAUAUUAAACAAUUAUCCAUGCAAAAUGAAAAAAUUAUAACAAAGUAUCAUACCAGUGAUUUUGAAUGUCAAGAUCAAUUUAGAACAUUGAAUAAAAGAUAUCAUGAGAGAAUCAAUGAAGCGGCUGAUUUAACUGAACGUAUUCAAGCUAUACAACGUGUUUUUAGAACAAAUCUUGAUAAAUGGAGAUCUAGAGAAAAUGAAUUAGAAAAUUUAAAAAAAUCUACUGAAGAAAGAAUGAUGGCAGAAAAUUUAGCAAUUGCUAAUGAAUUAGCUUCACUCGAAGAAUUUCGAUUAAAUCGUGAAGCCCUUUGGAUACAUUAUCAUAAUUUAGAAUCUACUCUUGAUCAGAUUAAAAAUGAACAUAAGUUAGCUAUGGAAAAUUUAUCAGAAAGGGAUCUAGCUUAUAGGGGACGACUGAAAAAAGUCACUAAAUUAAAAAUUAAUGAGGUUGCUUCGGAAUUUCGUUCCAUUUCAUUUCAACGAACUGAACCAACUAUAAAACGUAUGCUUGCUGAAAAUGUUUCUAUUGAAGAUCAGUUAGUGAAACUUUCCGUGGCUAUAGCUGAUAUAAGUAGAGAAAAUGUUGAUUUGUUGACGGAAUUUUAUCACUUAACUGAUGAACAAUCAAAGUUAGAAAAAGAACAAAUUUUAUUAAGUACUCGUAGUUCAGCCAUACUAAAGGUAUCUCAUUUAUUAUCAAUACUUCAAGUAAAACUUGAUGAGAAAAUUAAAGAAGCUAAUGAAAAGAAAGAAAUUUAUUUGAAUUUAAACAAUAAAUGUAAUGAAUUAGAGCAUGAGAGACAAUUAUUAAAUACAAAAGUUGAAGGUUUAAUAAGUAAAAGAGAUCAUGUGCUGAAUAAUAUAAACAAAAUCAACAGAAAAUCAGUAGAUUGUUCCGAUUCAAUUCAUCAUUUAACCGACUGUAUUUUAUAUGCAGCUGAAUACAUUCAAACAAUUUUAUCUACUAAUUCUGUUCAAUCAUUGAAUGAAACUUGUCAACCAAAUAAAGAUACUACUGAUCAACUGGAAAAUGAAGAUACAAAAGAAAUUUUGUUUAAAUUAUACAAUAAAUUAAAUUCAGUUGAUUGUAUCAUGAAUAAAUAUGAUCCGAUACAAUUAGAUGAUACUGAUUAUGAAGAUGAAAUUGAUAAUCCAUUGAGUGAAAAAAGAAUAAUUGAACAUAAUGAUAAUUUAUCAGAUAUUAGUGUACCUAAUUAUGAAUUAGAUAUUGAUGAAACAAUGUCAAUAUCAGAACCAGAGGAUACUGAUCAAAAUAAUAAUCAAAACAAUAAAUCAAUAAUAAGUGGUAAAUCAGAUAAUAUGAAUAAAUUAGAAAAUAUGGAAAGACUGGAUAAAAUAUGGUCACAAAUUAAUACUUCUUAUCUAAAAUCAUAUGAUCCAGCUUCAAAUGAAUGGAAAGAAAUUUUAAAUAUUUUAGCAAAGAAUCAAAUAAAUUGGAGUGAAAACCUAAAGAACAAAUCAACUUAUCUACAUGAUGGUUAUUUAAAACCAGGCGAUUUAAAAUUUAUUCCACCGCCAUCAAAAAAAAUCUUAACAAAGAAGGAAUAUAUAAGUUCAUUGAGAAGAAGAGAAAGUAGAAGUACAAGUCGUAAUCGUAAAUCAACUGACAAUAUUUCAGAUAAUAUUAAUGAAAGUACUUUUCCAAGAAGAAAGUACAUCAUGUCAGAAUUACAAGCGACUGAUGACAAUCCGAUACAAGAAGAAAUGAUGAAACGAACAGAAAUGUUAAAAGAACAUAUUGAAGGAAAUAUUGAGAUAUUAGACUAUUUACAAGGAAUUUCAGGAUUGGAACGUGAUUUCUCAAAAUUGGCAGAGCGUGUCAUAAAUACAGCGAUAACACUGAGCGAUCAGAAUAAUGUUGUGCAUCCAGAAAGAAUAUAUGAUCAGGAAACUGGUGACAAUGUUGACAGAUGUUGGAAAUACAUUUCUCAACUAUCUGAAGCAAUACAAUUUCAUAUCACAAAAUCACAUGAGUAUCACAAGUUUCAUCAUGAAAUUUGGGCAGCUCGUAUGGAAAUACAACAAGUUCUUUCGAGUUAUUCGUUAAUUCAAGAAAAAUUAGAUUCAUUAAGUUUGUUAACUGAUGAAGCUCUUGAAACAGUUAAAAAUAUGAUAGAAGCUCAAUUGAGCAUAUAUACAAAACUUUCUCUCAAAUCAAAAGAAUUCUUGGCAAAAUCAUCAAUAAUGAGGUCGAUAUUUCUUCGUAACUCACUAACUCAAGGCAAACAUUCAGCAUACUUGUUAGCCUCGCUACGUUUACCAUCUGGACAAUCGGUUCAUAGAGGUGAUUCUGUUAAAGUAUGGGGAAGUAAUCAAUUUGUAUCAAAAUUACAUAGUGAAUGGAAUGCUGAAGUCAAUAAUGGUGAACAAAUAAAUAAUGCACCUUCAAUUUGUUUUUGGCUUACUUCUCCAGAACAUAGUCCAAUAUCAGAUAAGAGCAACCAAUUAGAGUCCUGUGAAAAUGAAGAAAAUCAUGAAACUUUAGGAGAAGUUUCAUCAACCAAAAAUGUUUGUAAACGUUUUCAUAAAGAUUUAUACAGUUCAUGGGAAAUCGCUAUUAAUCUUUUUGCAAAAAUAUUGAUGCCUACAUGUACGGACUACAUAAAAAAACUUGAAAAUAUUGAUCAACCAAUCAUUGUGGAGAAUUCACAAGAAUUCAAUGACUUUUUAAAUACAUUACAAACUCUUCUGGAAUAUGGCAAUGAACCGGAAUUAGAAACAUUGAAAAGGUUAUCUCAUAGAUCUCAUAAAACCAAAGAUACUAUUAUACAUAUAAAAAAGGAGAAUAUUCACCAACUAACUGAAACAGUAAAGACAUGGAAGAUCCUUUUACAGAAAUUUAAUGAAGCAGUGGCGAAUACAUCCGAGAAUGAAGCUAAUGAUCAAAGUCUCACAACAUUAAAAAACGAAGAUUUAUAUUUAAAGCUUUCGCCAUCAGUAUGUAAAGUAACAAAUAGAAACAAAACAAUGUAUCCAAAUGAAAUAAAUAGAAAACAUAAUGAAAAAGAGCUAAUAACAUGUUUCACCGAGAAUGUACCUAAAACAUUUACAGUAAACAAGCAUACAACAGUACACGACCAUCGAAUACAUGAAUCUCCUCCCAUAAAAAAUGUUUUACGAUGCCACAGUGAUCAAAUAUUAGAAAAUCCUCCAAAUUUUGAUAAACAGACAAAAGAACUAAUGACUCAAAUUGAUUCACCAUUUUAUUCAGCUGUUGCUUAUUGUACAAAUUGUUCAGAAUUUCAUGAAAUCAGUUUGUUGUCACCGUUUAUUUGUAAACCAGAGGCAUCUAAUUCAAAUUUGAAUUCUUCUAGCGAAGUAAGUGAUAUAUCAGAAGUUCGACUAAAAACGGCCCAUUCAAUGCCAAGUUUGUCUAUUGAAACUAAAGAUUCUAGUAUUGUUGAUGAUAGAGUAUCAACGUUUAGAAAUAAAAAGUGUAGUGCUAUAAAAAAACUUUCCAGAUCAAAGGGAACAAAAAAAUGUAGACCAUAUAGUUUAAAUGCUAGUCUCACUGAAACUACAGCAAGUUCAGGAUUUGAUAGUCCAUCGGAGUCUUCUAUCAGUACAAAAGAAAAAACAAGAUCUGAAAUGCAUGAUGAGUUUUACUCUGAAAGCCAUAGAAGUAGAACAAAUAAAAGAUCUUUUCUAUGGUGGUAUAAACGUGGCAAACGUGCAAUUAAGGAUGAGUCUUAUGCUCCUGAAAGUCCAAAUACCGAGCCAGGUCCACCAGGUAGAAGGUCUCCAUUAAAUAUUACUCCAAGUGAAUCUGUUAGAGAAUGUAAUUAUCGUUCACCCACUCAGUUUUCAGACCUAAACGAAGAUCAGGCAAAUUUCGAUGAAAACGGAAAUUCAGUAGUAAGAUCAUAUAGUUGGAUACAACAAGGUACACCAUGGGGAUAUGCUCCUCCUACUGACAGUAAAUGGUGGCCGGCUACGCAAGUGAUACCGGUUAAUGAUCGAGAAAAAAACAAAUUCAUAAAUGCUUACAGCGACAGAAUUAAAAUGAAAAGCCGAAAACAUGCAAAGAGAUAUUCAUUUGAAAAUGGUAUUAUUCACAAUGAAAGUCAAAUGUACAACACAAUUGAUUCAGGUAUUCAAACUGAUAUGGAGGUGUAUAUUUCAAGACAAUUAGAUACGAUUUUAUUAGAUGCAGAGUCAAAUAAUCAACGAAAUCUUAUAAGUCCAGAAACCGUGUGUCAGCAUUGUUAUAAAAAUAUACACAAAGUUUACAGUGAAGAUAGUUCUGUGCAGUGUAAUUUUAUAAAUGAUAUGAUUUUAGAGCAAAAGUUUUAUCAUUUAUCGCACUCAAUUCCUAGCAAAACAGAAGAAAAAACUGACAGAGUUACUCAUCGUAGAUCUAAAUCUAAUGGUGUAAAAGUAUGGGAUGUUUGUUGUCAAGUUGGCACAGUAAAACAGAAUCGGAGUACUGAACCAAUUAAAAGUGAAGAUAUUCAUUCAUUAUUAUCCACUACCAGUGACCAAGUCAACGAAUAUAAUGAUAGUUCAAGAAUGUAUGCAAGAUAUGAUAAAAGAUCAAAAAGUUAUGAAACAUCUUCAAGGAAUCUGUCUGAAUUAACUAAUGCACCUAGUACAAGAAUAUCAUCUCCAUUAAAAUUUUCUGUUUCAUGUCAAAUUGGACCAUCUUUAACAGUGAACAACAAUGUUACUCAUCCUAUGAAUCAAUCAUGUCAUGAAUCCAUAGAACAGACAAAAAAAUAUACCAGUCAAAUAUGCAAUUCAUCAUCAUUUACAACUGAUUCACCAGUCAUGUUAGGUAAAAAGUUUCAAGUAAAUUUACCUUUAUCAGUAUUCUCAAAAGAUAUUUCUACACAAAUUCAAACAGUAAAUAAACAAAUGAUUUUAACUAAUGUAUCAUAUGUAAAAGAUGUAAUAAAAAGCUGGUUAAUAGAAUCACAAUCCAAUUAUAUUUCUUCUAACAAAAUAAUUAAUACUGAACAUAAUCAUAAAGAAAUAAUAAAUCAUUUAACUAAAACAACAGAUUGUCAUGGAUUAAUUUUAUUGAAUGAAACUAGUACACAAAUUGGUUUCACUAAUGAUAAUCAUCAUAAAUUAGAUCAUUUUUAUUCUAAUCUAAAAGAUAAUUCAGUACAAACUAAUCUUCCACAUAUUUAUAUAACUGAAACUAAUAUUAUACCAAAUUGGAAUUCAAAUAUCAAUGAAAUAAAUAAACAAUUUCUAUCUGAAUCUAAAAUGAUAAAUCAAUUACAAAAACAAAAUAAAUCAAUAAAAUCAUUGAAUUAUACUCAAUCACUAGGUGAAAAUUCAUCUCAAUUAUUAAUCAAUAAAUCAAAUCAACAAAUCAAUACAAAAAAUCAUAAUCAAAAUAUAAUACCUAAAAAUAAUCAAUUUGAACAAACAUUAUCAGAAAGAAGAAUAAGAAGAAGAAGAACUGGAUCAUUGAAUGAUCAAAUCACUGUAAAUAAAUUAAAAAGAAUACAUAAAAAUUCAAAUGAUUUACAUAUAAAACAUGAACAUUUAAAUAAAAGAAUGAUAUCAACAUGUGGUGAUUUAAUUAUGAAUAUAGAAUUACAUCAUUUAAAUUGUAAUAAACAUUCUAUGAAAGAUUUAAAUUAUUUACCAUUAUCAGAAAGAUUAUAUAAUUAUAAAUGGUUAAGUUUAUUUCCAUCAUCAUCAUCACCACGAUCAUCGUCACCAUCAAGAACAACAUCAUCAUCAUCAUCUUUUAAUGAAUAUAAUCAUUUAUGUAAACAAUGUCGUUUAAAAUAUUCUAAACCAUAUAAUAUCCAUAUGGAAAUGAUACCUAAUUAUCAAUAUAAUAAUAAAUUCAAUCAUGUCAUAUAUCAUAGAUUACAUCAUUAUCAUAGAAUGAAUUCUAAUUGUUCAAUGAUAAAAAGAAGUUUAUCUGCUGAUGAUUCAAAAAUAAACAUACAUAAAAGAUAA